UUUGCGUAAAACAAGGGCGCUAACCAAUAGCGUUACAACAGAUACAUCGCAUUUCUACCCCUUUCUCCGUCACUACACGAAUGACGGGGGACUGUGUGAGAGGAAUCGGACCGAUAAAGGUGCAUUUCACGGGUGCCAUUUUUCCACGUCAGUAUGAAGCAGUUUUUUCCACCUGUACAACUUUGUAGAGAUAGAUAAACGGAAGCACCCGAAGAGCCUUUCAAAAUAUUCAGCACUGUGGACACAUGGAGUACACAAUACAAGCCAAGAAUAGAUCAUUUCAGAGACAAGCCUGACAGAUCCCUGACCACAACAAAUUCACCUUGAGCCUCAGCUGAUUCACAUUUACUUUUUUCUACAUUGUGGUUGUAAACAUAUCACUUUGUCUCCUCAGUUCAAAGACGUCCCACAUUUAUCCUCCUUCUUUGCCACAGGACCCUGACAGUGCCCCUCAGAGGGGCAAUGCCAGUUUUGCUUAAUGCCGACACCUCCUUCAGCUCCAAGCAGGAGCUCCUGGACCUACAGGAGUGCCCUCUCAGUGGGGGUCCCUCUCUGGACACUCCCAGUCCUGUGGACUCCCAGACAGGCAGCCCUAUAGGCUCAGGCCCCAGAAGCCCCAGCAGCCCCGGAACUGAUGGCCCUGUUCGGCCCCACAUUUUCACUGGGGCGUCCACGCUCCCUGGGCAGCUGUAUGGGGUGGAAACAAGACCCACCAUGGGAUUAAAGUUGAUCUCCACUGACUUGGAUCAGCUAUGCGGCUGGGGGGCUCUCAGGCCGAAAGGUAUUCAAGUUUUCAACACCCCUCGUUGGGUGCUGUUCUUCCUUUGUGUGGCCUCUUUUCUCCAGGGGAUGAUAAUCAAUGGCUUCAUUAACACGGUGGUCACCUCCAUUGAGAGGCGAUUUGACCUGCGCAGCUACCAGGCCGGCCUCAUCGCCAGUUCUUACGACAUCGCUGCCUGCGUCUGCCUGGCCUUCGUCAGUUACUUUGGUGGGACGGGGCACAAGCCUCGCUGGCUGGGAUGGGGGGUGCUGAUCAUGGCACUGGGUUCCCUGGUGUUUGCCUUGCCUCACUUCACCACACCCCCCUACCAGGUCAGUCUGCCUCAGCAAACAGGAAUGUGUUCUGCCAACCGUACCAGCCCGUGCUGGGACAAGGAGGGCGGGGGAUUGUCCAGCUAUCGUUUUGUAUUUAUGCUGGGCCAGUUUCUCCAUGGUGUGGGAGCUACGCCUCUGUACACGUUAGGGGUCACAUAUCUGGAUGAGAACGUCAAGUCCAACUAUGCACCUGUUUAUAUAGGGAUCUUCUACACCGCAGCCAUUGUGGGUCCGGCAGCAGGCUACCUGCUGGGGGGAUAUUUCCUCAACAUCUACACCGAGAUCCAUCUAACGACAGAGAUGACUCCAGAGAACCCUCUGUGGGUCGGGGCUUGGUGGAUUGGCUUCCUUGCGGGAGGAGCAGCAGCUCUACUGGUAGCAUUCCCCAUCUUGGGCUACCCACGACAGCUACCGGGCUCUCAGGAGUAUGUGGCCAUGCGGGUGUCUGAAGCCCACCAGCUUAAGGACGGGAGCCACACCACAGCGUCAGACCCUCAGUUUGGCAAAUCAGUGAAAGACAUGCCAAGAUCUGUGCUGCUCCUCUUAAAGAAUCCCACUUUCCUGUUCCUGUGCUUGGCUGGAGCUACUGAGGCCACCCUCAUCGCUGGCAUGUCCACCUUUGGUCCAAAGUUCUUGGAGUCACAGUUCAGUCUCAGUGCAUCAGAGGCUGCUACAUGGUUUGGAUAUAUGGUGGUACCAGCAGGAGGUGGUGGCACCUUCCUGGGUGGCUACAUUGUGAAAAGAAUGAACCUGCGCUGUAGAAGUAUCAUCCGUUUCUGCAUGAUGUGUGCAAUGGUCAGCCUACUCGCCAUCUUCAUCUUUCUCAUCCACUGCCCUAACGUGCCAAUGGCUGGUGUCACAGCACCAUACCAGUCUGGUCUGAUGGAGAAACACCACCUGGACCAGUACCAACACCUGUAUGACAAGCCCAGCAAGCUGCGCGUUAGAAACAGCUCCUCUUUAGAGGAGAACCUGACCGUGGGCUGUAAUGCAGCCUGUAGUUGCGUCAGAGAGCUGUAUAACCCGGUGUGUGGGGCAGAUGGUGUGAUGUAUUACUCCCCCUGCCACGCUGGCUGCAGCUCCAUCAACCACACCGAACGCUCCAAUGGCAAACAGGUGUACUCUGGAUGUAACUGUGUGGUGGGUAAUGUGUCCUGGGGCGAGGAGGGCUUUGCUCUGGCAGGGAAAUGUGGCAGCUCCUGCCACCACAUGCCAGCCUUUCUCUCCUUUCUCUUCAUCAUCAUCUCCUUCACCUUCCUCUGUAGCAUCCCAGCACUCACCGCCACACUCAGAUGUGUGCCAGACAGCCAGAGAUCCUUUGGACUUGGCAUCCAGUGGAUUGUUGUGCGUACACUUGGUGGUAUUCCAGGACCCAUAGCAUUUGGCUCUGUGAUUGAUAUCUCCUGCUUACUGUGGCAAGAUAAGUGUGGUGAGCAGGGCUCCUGCUACCUCUAUCAGAACUCAGCCAUGAGCCAGUACACACUAGUAGCUGGUAUCAUCUAUAAGGUUUUGGGUACAAUAUUUUUCUUGUUAGCCAGCAUAUUGUACCAGCCUCCUCCUGAGUCGCCUCAAAGCAGCUGUGAGAGCACCGACCAUGGAGUAGGAAACAUGAGCGACCUGCCCGUCAAAGACUUGCCUGAAGACGGCGUAAUCAUCAACCUGCAUGCCAGCCCAGUACACUCAGAAACUGAAGAAGACUGGAUGCAGAGGAUGCGUUUCCAUGACUACUGUCAUAUCACGACUUGAUGAGUUCUACUGUCUCUCCCUGGGUUCCUCGCUGACAUGUUGUAUGAAGCCUGCCUGAAACAUGCUCGGGAACAAACCACUGAACACCACAAGCACACAUCGCAUCAUUAAUCCACACACACUUGUACUGCAUCUCAUCAGAAAACCACCUACAG